GUGUGUGUGAGAGAGAGAGAGAGAGAGAGAGAGAGAGAGAGAGAGAGAGAGAGAGAGAGAGAGUAGUGUGUGUGAUCAACAGCAGAGGGUGACCAAGCUUUCAAGCUAGUAAGGGAGAGAGACAGAGAGCAGAAGAGAGAAUGCUGACAGUGGGUGAGACAGACACGAGAGUAAAUAGAGAAUAGAGAGAGAGAGAGAGAGAGAGAGAGAGAGAGAGAGAGAGAGAGAGAGAGAGAGGAGGGAGAGAGAGUGUGUUGUGUGACUGAGUUGGAUGUUUGCAUCAGCUUUAGCAUUGCUGGCUGUUUCAAUGAUCAGACACCGGUCCUCACUACAGCACGAAACCCACAGAGGUGAGGACUUCUGAGUGCAGGUCCGAGUGAUUUGUGAUCUUCUGCGUGAUGCUGUUCAGCCGAGAAUCUUGUCACCAUCCGGACCCCUCUUUCUCCCCAUCAGCCCAUGUGACCUAGUUUUGGCCCCUCAGGCCUGGGGGAGACCCCAUGAAUCCCAGCCUUCCCCCAAAAAAGCGCGAGUCCCGGCAAGGCUCGUCGGAACAGCGCCCCCCGGAGGACGAGUUCAAAUAUCCGGCGCCGCUUCGACACCGGAGAUACCACCAUUCCGAGGGGCGGGAGAAUGAACCACGUGGUGACAAAGAACUCCUUCCACCACCUCCACCUCCUCCCCAAGCCCCACUUCCACACCUUCCGUUCUCAUUAUCAUGGCAGCUCCCCUACCAUUCAUCGCUUCACCAUCCAUACAUUUCUGGCCAGGUGAGAGAACGGCGUGGCUCAGGUUCACCUUCCUGGAGAGAUGGAUCAAGUGGACGAAGGUCAGAGGGUGAAACAGAACCUGCGAUCCCUCACCACUCUCGCUGGCUACGAGGGGAAAUCAAUUCUCUUGGUUUGCAUCCGUCCAUGCCGAUGCCUACAUACAAGGGCAGUUAUGCAGUUGAUUCCAGGGACAUGUGGCCCUAUUUUAACCCUACACGGCGUGACUAUGCCUCUUCUCUCUUUCCUUCAUCCUCCUCCUCACACCUUUUCCCACAAACAUCACUCUACCACAACGAUUUUCUUUCAGAAAGCAGGCUCAGGUACUCAAGCAGGAGACCCAAUGGUCUUGAUGGACAUGGUAUUAGAUCUGAAUCCAGUGGAAGAGCAAAUGACUCUCAACCCAGAGUGGGUGGUUCCCACUCCAAUGGAAGGAAGAGGAAUCAAGAAGAUCUGGUAGGGCGUGAUACAAGGAGGGUAUCACCAUCCCAAACGGGUCCUAACGCACAUUCCUUCCAUCACAAUACAGACAGGGACUCUCUGGCAAUUCUAAAACCUCCAACUCCCCACACUUACUCCUCUGAAACACGAAAGGCAAAACCUCCUAAUGAACCUUCUGCUGGAAGUGCCUCCCAGUCUGGAGCUCAGAUCUACUAUGCCCUGGGGUCUAUUUACUCCUCGGUUCACCACAACCCUCAGGCAUACCCCAGUUUUAAUCCCUCAGGUCCUCCUCCUUCCCCUCUGAGAAACUCCCAGCACUCCCCUCAUGCUCAGCAUAAUAACCAUGGGGUCCAUCAGGAGCGAGAACAUUCACCAGGAUCCUAUCGACCCUCUGUUUCAGUCCUCAGUGGUCCUCACCCACCAACAAGUGCAGUCCUACCUCAUUUUGCCAAGGGUUCCCUUAUUGAGUUGGCCGGCGGCCGUCUGAAAAGGGUGGAAGACUUACAGACAGAGGAUUUCCUGCACAGUGCUGACACCACACCCGAGUUCCACCUAAGUACCUGCACCAUCUUACUCAUCUCACCUGGACCCACUGAUGGCUUCAAUCAUCUGCAGGUUUUGCUUGCUGACCGCAACACUCAGGAAUUGCUCACGGUUUUGGAGGAGUAUCCAUUUUUCGUUCGGGAAAGAGGCUGGUCUUCAUGCAGUCCUCAGAGAAGCGCAGAUCUCUAUGGCCUCCAUUGCCGCCAGCUCAGUCCAGGAGACAUCUGCCUGGCUUUGACCCCGACACCAAACUCAUUGCCCCCGACGACAACAACAACCCUUAAACCAAUACCCAACUCACUGACCCCAGUGGCCACCUUAGCCUCCUCAGUGACCUCAACGAUGACCUCAAUGACCCCAUCGUUGACCUCGUUACCCCCGCCGAUGACCUCAUCAAUCUUGAUGCCCACCUCGCUGCAACAACACUCAUGCGAUCGCAUUUCUGCAGGAACAGAGACCAGCACACAAAGAUUUGACAGAACGGCUACGCGCCUUGCCCCUUUGCUUCUGUCUGAUUCCCGCCGGGAGAUCCAGGAUAAGCCACGCUCCCGAAAGAGGCGCUGGUCUGCCCCUGAGUUGCAUGAAGGAAAUAGGAGCUGCACAGAUUUACCUCAAGGGUGUAAACGAAUGAGACAGCAGUAAGUCCUCAUUUAGAGUCUGAGUUCAUGACCAAGAAGUGCUUUUAUUUCAUCACAUAUCAACAAUUAAUGCAUUAUUCCUCAGCGUAUUCUGAGUUGUUUUUUUUAAAUACAUUGUUUAACAAUGAGAAAGAUCCGGGUAUAACAUUUCAUGUUACUUAAAAAACAGCUGAUUAUAUAGCACUAAACUGAAACACUUUCAAUUUUCAAAGACUGUGUUUCUACAGUAAAUAGUUCUUAUGAUCUAAACAGUUCCCUAGUCACUUGUUAUAAAGGUUAAAUGUAUUUUAAAUUGAUUCGACAACAUUGUUAAUGAUACUAUUUUCAAAUCGUCCUCAAAUGCAGUGUAUUGCGAUCGUAAUGUCAUUUCCAUUGACUGAAAUUCUAUGCAUCUUUAAUCAGUGUUAUAUAUACUAACUAAACUAAUUCAUACCAGAGGAAUGUCUUUAGAAGGUGUUUUCUAACAGCAACUCGGAAAUCAUACCAUAACCUCAAAUCACAGCUUUUGUUACACUAAUAACGCACAUGUUUCUAUUUAUGGAAAUCUAAAAUAUUUGCAAUAUACAUCUUACAAACCUCUUGGAAAUUUGUUGUGAAUUAAAACGAAAAAAAAAAAAAAAAAAAACCACUUUGGGACAUGCUGUUAGUGGAAACUUCAGAAUAGUAGCAGAACUGCACUUCAUAAAGCCGCUAUUAUGUUGAUUAAUAUUAUAUGUAUAACAAAUCGUGAUUUAUUGCUUAAAGAGUGAGAUUACAAUUUGAAGAACAUUUUUCUUAAAUAUGAGUAUUAAUUCAAAGGAAAAGUUAGCACGCUGCAUGCAAUUUGGUGGCCAGCGAUGGCUUUGAAAGAAGAAAAGUGGAAAUCAUUUGAAUUAUUUGGAGUAUUCAAAAAGAAAUAUUAAAAAAUUCAGAAAUUUAAAAUUUCAAUUUCAAUAAAAAUCAAAAAUAAUACUGAAAUUAAAACGAUUAAGAUUAAAUUCUCACUGUACCAAAAAAAAGUAUUUUUGAGUUUAAAAAAAAAGCACAAACAAAAUAUUUUUAAAUGUUUUUAUCCCUUUAGGCUAACAGGAUAACAGCUAAAACUGCACUGAGGUUAAUAAGUGAUGAAAUACAAACACAUCUUGGCAGAAACAUUUGCACAGAGAGUUCACGGAGUCAUGUGAGGACCUUAACACCAAACUGAUCAUUCGUGACCUCAUGGUUACUUCGGAAGAGCCAUAUGUGUUUUUGUGUUUAUUGGUUGAAACGGGUUCGGAAGAAAGGACAGAAGGGAAAAAAACAGCAACAACAACAACAACGCAAUGCUAGUGAUGCACAGUCAGACUUUAUGUCUUUUGAGACAAUCAAACUCGCCUGUUGUUGACGCCACGUCUGUUUUCGGUGUACUUUUUUCUGCAGGGUAUAUCUUUUCAGUCAGUAUUAUAAGGAAAAUAAUAUUGAAUGGGAAAAAAAUGACUAUAUAAUUAUAUGAAUAGUUCUAUACUAUACAGGUGUUACAUAUGAAUAUGCUAUUAAAAAAAAACGAUGACAAAUAUGAUGACUAACAUUAAUGGUUACGUUUUUUUUUUUGCAAUGCAGUUUUCUUUCACGCUUCUAAACCGAGCCUUGGCUCUCGAGGUGAAUGUAUACAGAUUUUAGCUUUGCAAUACGAGGUCCAAAUGCGAAUUCACCUCAGCAUUACGGUCCAAUGUGUGGGUAAAAAAAAAACAAAAAAAAAAAAACGGAAAAGACACUAAAGGAGGAAAGAAAGAAAAAAAAGAAGAUUCCCGUCGAUAAAGGAACGUCCGUUGGUGUUUUUCCAUAUGAAAGGGGUUUAAAGGUGCUAAUAACAUGUUGGAAGGUGAUGCUUUGUGAGUCCACUGGACCUCGCAGUGUGGUUUUGUUUUUUUCCCUCCAUAUUUUUGCACCCUCUUUAUUUUUUUUCUGUAUGACAUGAGAGCAGGGGAAUUUAUAUAUAUAUAUAUAUAUAUAUUUAUAUAUAUAUAUAUAUAUAUAUAUAUAUAUAUAUAUAUAUAAAGGAAAGUAUUUUGAACUCAGAUACGGGUAUUCAUUCUUGAUCAAGCACACUCUCCCUUUUUGAGUUAUUUUAUUUUAUUGUUGUUUUUUUCUGUGGUGGUGUUUUUUGUUUUUUUGUUUUUCAAAAAAAAAGAGGAUUGUUAUUUUUUUUCUUUAUAAAUGUAUAGCUAUAAAAUUGUAUAUUUUUAAAACUUGUGAGACUGUAAAACAGUGUUCGCUAGAAAUAAAAGAAUGCUUUAUAGAUUUA